AUGGCCGAAAAAUCGCUCGCGCCUUCGCGUCUCGGACCUGCAGCAACGCAGCGCCAAACCGCCGAAAGCGCAUCCGCCCGUGAAAUUGUUCCGGCUCGACCCUUUGCCUGCACAGGCAGCGUUAGCCUUGCAUGGCUGCUGCACUUUGCACGAGCACCUUUGCUCUUGACGCUGAUCCUCGACCUGCUACACGGCUCCGCCAAACUGCUUCGCGCACAAUCCCAUGUCCUGGCACAAGGCUCGGCCACCACACAAGCAUACGACACCUUCUAUCUCAAGCGAGAACAGUACGCGAAAGAGCACGGCACCAGGUGCUCUCCCAUCUAUCACACCCACACUGCCAACGACGCAGCACGUCGCAAGCCUCGCAUCGCCAACAUGAAGGAGGCACGCGUCGUCAUUAUGGGAGGCGGAGGAGUCGGCAAGUCGGCGCUGACCGUGCAGUUCGUGCGCAACGUGUUCGUGAGCACGUAUGACCCGACGAUCGAGGACACAUACCGCAAGAUGCUCGUCAUCGAUGGCCAGCAGUGCAUGGUCGAGAUCCUGGAUACGGCAGGCACCGAGCAGUUUCUGGCGCUCAAGGAGCUCUACAUCAAGUCCGGACAGGGCUUCAUCCUCGUCUUCUCGCUCACGUCGUUAGCCAGCGUCAACGAGCUCGGCCCCCUGCGCGAGGCGAUCGUACGCAUCAAGGACACCACCGCCAUACCGCUCGUGCUGGUCGGCAACAAGUCGGAUCUGCGCGCCGAUCGUCAGGUGCCUAGAGAGGUCGGCACCAGUCUUUCGAAAGCAUGGGGCAACGUCCCCUUCUACGAGGCGUCGGCGCGCAAACGCAUCAAUGUCGACGAGAUCUUCGCCGACGUCGUGCGCCAGAUCCGCGCUUUCCAGACCAUCAAUUCCAGACCAGGCACCCGACCGGGCACCUCCUCGGGCGCCUCGGGCAAGCACGGCUUUGGCGCCAACGGCUCUUCCUCCCAUUCCGGCUCCAAGGACUCCAGACUCGCAGGCAGCAGCUUUGGCACCUCGUCGAAAGCGCGCGAUCGCAAAAAGGGCGUGCGCCUCCACUAUGCGGCUGCAGGUCCAAACUCCGGAUUUCGGCCAACGCGUGCGGGUGCCGAGUGGAGCAAAGCCGCGCAUGCAGCCCCAAUUCACACAAUUGCGGAAUUUGGACAAGGCAGCCCAGCAGUGCAGCAGGACAACGCGUCAAUCGGGGCAGGAGUGAUCGAGGCGCACACGGCCACAAAAGGUGGCAUCAUGUCGCGAAGGUACGAUUCGCGCACGACGACCUUCUCGCCCGAGGGUCGUCUGUACCAGGUGGAAUAUGCGAUGGAGGCCAUCUCGCACGCAGGUACGGUGAUCGGCAUCCUCGCCAAGGAUGGCAUCGUGCUUGCCGCCGAGAAGAAGGUGACGUCCAAGCUGCUCGAGCAGGACCAGUCGUCAGAGAAGAUCUUCACCGUGUCGGACAACGUCAUGGCUGGUGUGGCGGGCUACACGGCCGACGCCAACUCGCUCGUCAACUAUGCGCGCAAUGCGGCUCAGCAGCACCUGGCGAGCUACGACGACGACAUGCCCGUCGAGCAGCUCGCACAGCGUCUGUGCGACUACAAGCAGGGCUACACGCAAUUUGGUGGUCUGCGUCCAUUCGGUGUGUCGAUCUUGUACGCCGGAUAUGACGACCACCACCACUUCCAGCUCUACCACUCGGAUCCCUCGGGCAACUACUCUGGCUGGAAGGCCACGUGCAUCGGCAACAACAACGGCACGGCAACCUCGCUGCUCAAGCAGGACUACAAGGACGACAUUGGCAUCCAGGAUGCUAUGGCCAUGGCGGUCAAGAUCCUGAGCAAGACCAUGGACUCGACGUCGCUCGACAGCGAAAAGCUCGAGUUUGCCACGCUCACGCUCAACCCCACCACGCACAAGCCGCAGACCAACAUCUUCAAGCCCAACGACAUUGACCGCCUCCUCCAGAAGCACGGCCUCGCAAAGCCAAAGGACGCAGAGGAAGCGGCUGCACAGGCCACAGCGAGCGGGGCAGACUCGAGCGCCAUGGCCGUCGAUGCAUAG